GCAGACCAGCUUACACACUGGACACAUCUCAGCUGCUACAUCCACCAGAUCCCCAAAUCAAUGCAAUGAAUUACCAGCAGGAUUUUCCUCAUGUCCGCUUUAUUACCUUCAAACCUAUUCCUGUUAACAAGGAAGAACCUCAAAGACAUCCGUCUGGAAAUGCAAAUUUGGUCCACUCUAAAGUAUCGAAAGCAGUGAUCCAAGAUGGAGACAAAAAAAUGGAAAGUGGGAAGGAAGAAGUCCCUUCUUCACAGAAUGGUGCCCAGAAAUAUAAUUCUGAGACUCCAGCAGGCACGUUAAAAGAACAGACACACAACUGGUUCGAAAAGACACAGAGGAUGAGGCUUGUCAAGAAUGGGGUGUUUCCAGAAUGGUUCCAUGGAUUUGUUACUCGCAAAAGGACAGAGGAGAUGCUGGAAGUGAAGCCUCCAGGAUGUUUUCUGAUCCGUUUCUGUGAAAGCCGAGUCGGGUUUGUCCUUUCAUACAGAGGAGCUGAGCGUUGUCGCCAUUUCGUGCUUGACCUGCUGGAAGAUGACCGCUAUGUGAUCGAGGGAGAGGACAGUGUCCACCCCAGCCUACAAGAGUUAAUAGAUCAUUACCAUGUUUAUCCUGUAGAACCCUACAAAGAACGUCUCACGACUGCUUGUGCUAAGAAAGUUACAAGUAAGGAUGUCAGCUGCCCCUUGCAAAAUCAAGCUGAAGAAAAUAAAACGGAGAACAGCAGCGUCACUAAAGAAGCAAAUGCACCAAGUGACCCAAAGCUUUCAUCACCUGCUUCUCCUGAACAAAGAGGGGACUUACUGGUCCAAAUAAAAAGCAAGCUUAAAAGUAAGGACUCCGGUGGCUCCUUGCAAAAUCCAGCUGAUGAGAAUCAAAAGGAAAAACUGUACAGCAGUGUCACUAGGGGGACAAAUGCACCAAGUGACCCAAAGCUUUCUCCAUCCAAUUCUCUUGAAGAAAGAGAGGACUUACUAACCAAAAUUAAAACCAAGGUUAAACUUGCAUCGCCUCCACCCAGGACAAAACAGCCCAUUUCAAGAGAAGAAUCCUUAAAAUUCUCAGUGCAAGAGACUGAAGCAGUUGCAUAUGCACAUGUUAAGAAGAUGCCAGCAGUCACGGUUCAAAACAAAUCUAGGACACCUCCUCCAGAAGAGCCUUAUUCUACCUUAGAGGAGCUCCAUACGUACUCUGAUCCUCCUAGAUUGGUGGCAACGGACCCUAAACUUUUAAAUGACACGGAAGAACCCAUAGCUUUUUAUGCCAUGGGGCGCAGGUCUUGCAAGAACAAUCAGGAGAAUGUCUAUUCUGAGGUGGACCUCAAUGCUGUGGUAUCUCACGGAUUCCAAAAAGAGUCAAAAUGUGGAGCCACCAUGACUACUCUUGCAAAGACUAUGAACAAACCAUUGAGGAAUAAACCCACACCUUUCCACUCUUCCUUCCGUCAGAAGAAACAGUCACCUGUGCAGCUGGAAGACUGCAGCAAGACAUGGGGAAGUUCAUUAAAGCCUGUUUCUGAAUCCAAGGUAUCGAAAACACGGAAGAACAAUGAUACAACUUGUGCAAAACCUACACAACAUGAAGUUGCCCCAUACCUUUCCCCCAACCAAGAGGAUGAUCAGGAGGACAUAUAUGAAAAGAUCAGAGAUGACUGCAUCCAAACGUUUAAAAACAAUCAAUCAGCUAAUCAUAAGCCAAGCUGAUAGACAGGGGAAGAACUUGCAAUGACUUUCUCUAAUGCUCAGAGGUCUGGACCUGCACUUUACAAGGAUUUUGAAUCCAAGGUCUGCAGAAGAUUAAUGAUGUGAUUUGGUGCUUCUAUCUAAAAGAAAAUUAUAUUAUAAGCAGAGUUUCCAUUUUUUUGAAUGCUUUAGAAAAGAUCAAAGCUCAGCAGAUUCUAAACUAUGGGGAUGGUCCCUUUUGGGGUCUUGGAAGUUGGAACAGUGGUGGGGGUUCCACUAGGAUAACAUUUUGGGAGAAUGGCUUUUCUAGAUACAUCGGAAACACCCAGCUUGAAGGUCAAGGUGGGGAGAUUUGCAGUAAAAGCUUAUAUGCUGCCUUAAAUAUUCUUGGAUCUAUGGCUAAAUGACUGAUACAACAAUAUUUCCUACAUCUGUAAGUUUUUUGUGAACUAAUGAAGGCGCUGACCAAAGGUUGGACUUGAAUUGAGUCUGACCACCAUUGUCAUGAUUUAAUCUGCACAGACUUAAUUAUCUGCAUAUUGGUCUUAAUUUAUACAUACGUGCAACCUGACUCAAUAGCCCUAACAGUGACCUCUGCUGGUCAAAAUAUUAGAUUACCUUCAACUAUCCCUCUUUUUUUAUUCAGAAAAGCCUUUCAGAACAUGGAUGGUUAUGUAGAUCUAAGUAGCUAAUUUAUCCCUUAAAUUAUGCACAAAUUGAGAGUAAAUUAUAAAAGUCAUUUGUGUUCAUCUCUGCAUAUAGAAAUCUUUACAUAUGAGCAGAAGCUGCAAUGCUACUUAGCUGAAGCAAAAUCUACUGGCAAGCUACAGAUCAGUGUCUUUAUGGUCAUUCAAGGCAUGCCCAUCAUGUCUACAGCCAGAAAUUGCUUCAAAUAAAACCUACCUAGAGAUGGAUCAAACUUUGGUAUGAUAUAAGGCAGCCAUGGCCAACCUUUGGAGUAUUCACCCUCAACCUGUGAACAAAGAACAGUGCCAGACUAGCAAUCACCGUUCCAUAUCAACAGGAGGAACCACUCUCUUUGUACAGAGCUUAUCAAAGAAGCAAUGGGCUGCCAUUGUUCUACAUCAUAUACUAAGGGUGACCCUGGUCACAGCAUUAAUUUCAAAUGAAUUAGACCACAACCCAUGGCCGUUUUUGGAAAGUUCCACGCGUCCAUCUUCUGGCUCCUCGGUAAGCUGACUGAGAGAUGGGUAUUUCUGCCCAUGCGCAGUUGGAGCAGAUUGCCGGUUUGCGACAACUGUGCACGCGCUGAAUUACACGGAUAUUGCCGAUCUCUCAGUCAGCUUACAGAGGAGCCGAAAGAUGGACGCUUGGAACUUUGCUGGAAGAAUCUACG